UUUGGCUCAGACUUCACAUAGUGCUGCCCUUUUUUAGGGCCUUGGAUCACCUGUGUGCCAUGGGUCAGGACCUGGCAAAGGAGUGCGGAUGCAACUACGGGGCCGAGGAAGAUGCUCAAGAGCAGCGAGCGGAGAUCGACCAGUCUGCCUUCAGAGCUUCUCCGACGGGAAAAUCAGGAGGCAAGUCUGCCCCACGGACCUUGCCCGAACAUGAGGAGGAGAGCUACCUGGUACCUCCGCCACCAGCCCCGGCUGUCUCGGCGGCGCCCAAGCCCGCGCCCAAGCCGGCUGCGGCUCCGGCACCGGCACCGGCGCCAGCACCGGUGGUGCAAGGCUCGAAGCCAGCGACGAAGCCGGCGAGGGAUCUCCGACAACCCAAGCUCACCAUGCAGAAGAUUCUGGAUGACUUGGAGGGCUCGGAAGAAGCGGCCUAUGCGGCCGCCUUCAACAGCAUGUCGGGUGGCGAGGCCACUGUACAGCCCGACAACCAGGCGUUGCGCCAAUUCCUGGAAAUGCACAGCGGAGUGACCGACAUUGACACCGAGCUCCUGAAGAUUGCCAGCAGUAAUGAGGCCUUUGCGAUCGACAGCAGUUCCUUCGUGAUGAUGCUCCGCCUGAACCCGGUCAACGAGUCUGAGGCUCUCGAGUCUUUCCUUCGGUUGGCUGGUGGCGGAGAUCAAAUCAGUGCGGAGGACUGCCGUACAGGGCUCUUCCAGCUUUUGCAGUCCAUAGGUGGCGAAUCCUUCUCCGGGGACGAGUGCGACUUUAUCAUCGAUGCGUCGAUGGUCAGUGCUGGUCUCCAAAUCUCCAUGGAGCAGUGGGUGGGCUUCACCAAAACUGCUGGCAGGAUUGCCCGCUUGGCCAACUAUGCAAAGGCCUUCUAGGCCAUUCUAGGCUGGAGAUGCUUCCAUCGUUUCGGAUCCAAGUGAGACAAAAGUGAACGCAAUUCGGCCACCGAAGAGUGGCACUAGACAGAGCCGUUCGAACGCUGCACCUUGCAUUGCCUCGGGGCCGCAGCUGCGAAAUGGCCUCAUCCAUGAA